AAAAAAUCAAAAGUGAGAAAUACCCCGGGCUGGUUUAAAUCUUUGCUACUCAAAGCAUUACAGAUAAAUUCCCUUAAUUUCUAUGCUGGGCAAUACCCAGGCGCCAUUUUCGCGCAAUCGCCAUGCACACAACUCCACUAAUUUCCCUGUAUUAUGUGUCCAAAUAGAGAAGUCACACACACACAUUGCCCGUCUCCACUCCAAUAAUGAACUUGAAAUCGUGAAUACGCGCUCCUAAUGUCAAAAAGCGAUUUUCCCAGAACACCUUUUCAAUUGGAAAAAUCGCAUAGAUAAUUCGCGAAUCUUGCAUUGGAUGUUCCGUUGGAAUUGCGCGCAUCCGGGUGUAGUGGAGUACGAGUGUUGAUGGUGUGAAAAAUCGGCGCAAGUUUAGCACACCGCGACGGGCCCAGCAGCAUCGAAUCAAAGACGUGACGGCACCAGAAAUCCGGGAGAAAAGUGCUCUUUUGUUCGUGAUUUCGGCCUUUGAGCAGAUCAAGCGUGCGGGACUAUACCGCGAUACUAACACAAAGGUGCGACGUGAACGCGUGCUUCGAAACGUGAGGAUUCCCACGACGAAGCAAACAACCUAAGCGGCGCCUCGACAAACAGCAAAACGGACCGCGAUCGGCGCAAAAAGCGCAACAAAAGGACUCAUUGUUGCGAGCUGCAUCUGCGGCGUGGAGUGGGACGCAGCAGAACUCUACGGAGCCAGUACACAAAGCCAUUGGGAGAAAGACGACGUCUCGAAUCUCAAAUUGGACCACGCGUGGACGACGGGCGACAACAGUGCGAUGAUGAUGGCGGAGGGGACCUUCCACGGCGUUUUUGUUUAUAAGAUCGAGGAGAAUCUGCAGCUGGUGAAAAAGUUCGAUAAACCCUGCACAGUUGCGUGCGGCUACGAUCCUCAGGGAACCAUCCUGAAAAUCACAUUAGAUGAAGAGGGCACGAAGUCCAUAGAAUAUCUUCUCACAUCAGAAACAGACACAGCGCGACUGGGCCAGAGAGGUGAAGUAAUAAACACAGACGACGAGGAUAUUUGUCUUAGAUUUAACGCAGACACAGAUGCAUCACGUUUUCGUAAAAUAGUAGAUAAAGUAAAACGUCACCGCCCAAAAUCAGUAUUUUCACAACGAACCGAAGAGUCUUCCGCUUCACAGUAUUUCCAGUUUUACGGCUACCUGAGCCAGCAGCAAAACAUGAUGCAGGACUACGUUCGGACGAGCACCUACCAAAAAGCUAUCUUAGGGAAUUUAUCGGAUUUUCACAAUAAAGUUGUCCUGGAUGUUGGCGCUGGGUCGGGAAUCCUUUCGUUCUUUGCUGUACAGGCCGGAGCCGCCAAGGUGUAUGCGAUCGAAGCGAGCAACAUGGCCCAGUACGCGCAACAGCUGGUUAUGUCGAACAACGUGCAGGAAAAAAUUAUGGUGAUCCCCGGGAAAAUAGAGGAAAUUGAAUUGCCGCAAAUGGUGGACAUUAUCAUCUCCGAGCCGAUGGGCUACAUGCUGUUCAACGAGCGCAUGCUCGAGACAUAUUUGCACGCGAGGAAGUGGCUUAAGCCAAACGGUAAAAUGUUCCCGACGCACGGCGACCUGCAUAUUGCGCCAUUCAGUGACGAGGCGCUCUACUCAGAGCAGUACAAUAAGGCGAACUUCUGGUAUCAGUCGGCGUUCCAUGGAGUCGACCUGACGGUGUUGCAUAAGGAAGCAAUGAAGGAGUAUUUCCGCCAGCCAAUCGUAGAUACAUUCGAUAUUCGAAUUUGCAUGGCCAAGUCGAUAAGAUACGUCUGUGACUUCUUGAAAGACAAUGAAAGCGAUUUGCAUGACAUUGACAUACCUCUCGAAUUCCACGCCUUGCAGACUGGAAUUUGCCACGGCCUCGCGUUCUGGUUCGACGUAGAAUUCCUGGGAUCAACGCAGCAAGUGUGGCUCUCGACUGCACCCACAGCUCCGCUGACGCACUGGUACCAGGUCCGGUGUCUUCUUCACAUGCCAAUUUUCAUUAAGCAAGGUCAGAUGCUGACAGGCCGUGUGUUACUCGUGGCGAAUAAGCGGCAGAGCUACGAUGUGACAAUCGAUUUGCGGAUUGAGGGGACACACAUUUCCUCUAGCAACACGUUAGAUCUUAAAAACCCCUACUUUAGGUACACUGGAGCGCCGGUCACUGCUCCGCCCGGAACUAAUACUCAGUCACCGUCAGAGGCCUAUUGGGCACACUUGGACGCGCAAGGCGUUCGAAAUGCCGUUAACUUAGUCAAUGGAAUAACCGUGAACGGGAUCGGCGAGGCGUCAAUGGACAUAACCCACGCGAUAAUCAACCAAACAGUCUAGAAUAAUGCCAGACGGAACCUCCCUCCUACCGAAACAUCGUUACUUCCUCCACAACUUUACUUCUAAGGUCGAGCAUUGUGGUCCUACUCAAGCAAUACUUCAACAGCAGCUAAACUUACUCUCCGGACGUGUCUGCCGCAUUCAAACUUCUCCGAAACCUCGAACAAAACACGAAAUCACGAUCCAACGCCCACCCAUUUCCACUAUUACGAGUCUGACCCCGCCAUAACUACGCAACAUAUUCUCCUUCUCUAAACUCAGUUCGCGGCAAAUCUAGUGGACGGGCCUUUUCAUAUUGACAACGAUCUCCGCGGUCGGAUUUAGUUCUACCCUUUUCAGACUUGCACCACGUGCAGAAAACGGUUCGCUUUCACAAAGUUUCAACGGGUUAGGAGUGAAAAAGUGCAGAAGACGAAGAUUAUCAUUAAUAUUAAGUAGAAUUACACGACAUAGUUUAUGACUUUAUUUUAAAGCGACCUUUUUUUAAUUGUUUUCGAAGUAGUCGAUAUUUUAUUAUUUAUUUUACGUUUUAUUUUUGUAAAGAGCAAAAACGCUGAGAAUGGCAAAAGCGAAAGUGCCAGCGGCUUAUUGUUUGGGGGUCGCGACACCUGAAAAUCACGUUUCAAGUAAGGCGCCCUUUCCGUCAAUGUGCAACAGAAACCCCGACGCGUCCCUCCGCCUUACCGCUCAAGAUUGAUUUUGGUUUAAAGUGAACGAUGAUAUAUUUUGUAAAUUUAUACUGUUAUCGACUUUUUUCCUUGUUUAUGUUUGAAACAGAACGGGAGAUGAUGCGGACGAAAGAGACAAAUAGAACGGCGGUAAUACGCCCAUCGUACUACUAUUUACAUUUUGCUUUAUUGAACAGAAUACUAUGCAGAUUCGAGCAAUCAGAGAGCGCGCCGAGCAGAUUGUCGUAGAGUGCAUUCAGUUAAGGACAAGAAAAAAGACUAGAAACUAUUAACCUUUUAUUUGAGAUAAUUUUCUCGGUACGCUGAAUGUUUAUGCUAGGAUGACAAAAAGAAAAUUAUGUAAUUGAUAGUGAAGAAAACAGAUAAUUGUCUUUGAUUGGAAAAAACAUUAUGGCCAGAUUGGAAAAUAUAUAAAAAGAAAAAUUGGCGAGAA